UUACUAACACUACUGAUAGAGAUAAAGCAAGUUACAAAGUAUUAUAAAAUAUUAAGAAAUGUGUAUGAUGUAAAGUUUCUUUCCAAAUAAUAAAUUGUACAUUAAUAUUUUAAAUGAUUAUUUUUGAUAAAUAAUUAAUAUAUAAUUACGCUUAUUAAAAAUUUACAAAUAAAGAAAUUUUAUACGGUCGGCUUAUUAUGGUUGAUGUUUAUACGCUGAGAGCCGAAUGUAAUUUAAAAAUUCUACGUUAUAUAAAUAUAUAUGUUUAUCGUUGUUUCAUUAAAACUGUGAAAAAUGAGUUCUGGGUUCAUAUCGGAAGCUGAAAUAGCAGAGCAAAGAAGAAUAAGGCAAGAAGAAUGGGACCGUGUACGAACAGCUGACCAACCUCUAGAACCUCCUGAUGAACCAUAUGAUCCUAGAUCUUUGUACGAACGUUUACAAGAACAAAAAAGCAAACGAGAUGCAGAAUAUGAAGAAGCUCAUAAACUUAAAAAUAUGAUUAAAGGAUUAGAUGACGAUGAAGUAGACUUUUUAGAUUUGGUUGAUAGAACUAAGUUAGAGGAAGAACGUAAGAAAAUUCUCGAAGAAGAAAAAGAAAUGCGUGACUUCAAAGCUGCUGUUGCUUCUUUGCAAGAGAAGUCGUUAGAUGAAAGAUUAAAACAAGAAUUAAAAAAACCACAAAUCCCUAACAAGAAUGUUUGUAGUAGCAGUGGUCGUAAUUCCCAAUUAAAAUUACUGGCAGGUGUGGUUGUGAAAAAGUCAGAAAAACCAAAGUUAAGUGAAGGCAAAGGUGUCAAAAGAAAAUUGUCUUCUCCAGAAUUAGAUAAACAUUUAGCAAAGGAAGAUGAUACUCAUUUACAAUAUACGGAAUCAAAUGUGCUCGUGGAAAACAAAAAGUCAUAUUUAUCUGAUGCAAUGAUUAAUCAUACUGGGGGAAUGAAAUGUAUUGGUAUAUUACCAGGACUUGGUUCUUAUGACGACUCGAGCGAUAGUGAAUGUAGCUCAGAUACUGAUCAAGAUCCAGAAUUAACUCAAUCUAAAUAUGAUCUUUUAGGACGUAAAAUAGUAGCUGCAAAAGAUAAGGAGAAAAGCUGAAUGAGAAGUAUAAGUAAGCAUUUUUUUCCAACAAGAUAAAAUGAGUGGCAUUUUAUUUAACUAGUUGUCAAAUAAAAAAAUAUAAUCAUAACUUAAAUUUCUAAUUUUGGAAUCAUUAAAGUUCCAAUUUAUAAUGCGUGAAUAUAUAAAAGUUGAAUUAUUCUCUUAAAAAAAUCGUAUUAUUUUUCUUCCUAUGUUAGCUAUGUAUUAUAUACUAUUAAAAUUACAAUUAUUCAAGAAUUUGUGUAAUUAUGUGGGGGUAUAAAUUUAUUGAACAAAGACGACGAAACAAAUACAUUUCUAUACAAUCGAUAAAUCUAAAUUUCUUCUAAUUAGUAUUUUAAAAUUAUUUUACAUUUAAUUGUUAUCGAAAUAUUAUCAAUGAAUAAGAUUCAUACAUACAGAGUGAGUCUCCUAAUAUGAUGACUUCAAAUGACGUAAAUUAUUCAUUGUACGAAAAAAUGUUUCAAACACAAGUUGUAUGGUAACAAGAAAGACAUACAGUGCUUUAAUAUGGUUUUUAUUAUCUUACAUUUUUAUUGAGAUGCUUAACACGACAGAAAUGUAAACAUGUUCCUUGCUAAAUGUUAGAAAUUAUCAACAUGAAAUACUGAAAAAUUCAAAUGAUCAUUCAUAAAAUUGACCACAAACACUGGAGGAGUUUGAACAUUUGGUACGACAUAAUUGGUAACCAUAUUGUUGGAUCGUACUUCUUUGAAAGAUCUCUAAUAGAUCAAAUAUACUUCACAUUCUUGUCUGAAACACUGCCUAUGAAAAAAUGUACCAUGUUUAACACUUUAAUGUUUAAUUAACACGAGUCACGUUGAUCAUAUAUGAUCGGCCAUGGUUUCUUCUGUGACGCUGCAUUGGUCAUUGGUAUCUGAAAUAUUUGAACUAUUUACAAUUGUGAAAGAUGAAUGAAAAUUUACAGUUAAGACAUUCAAAAAAUGUGGUAUCAAAACAUGACAGCUAUUAGAUUAGCUUUGUGUUAUGCUUUAAGUUUGUAAUAUGAAUCGGCAUCUUGCAUUUCUUAAGUCUCUCCUCUAUAGGUCGGAAGAUCAAAAUUCACAUCUUAUACGCAUUAAACCAUUAUUAUGUGAAUAAUAAUUAUUAAAUUUA